AUAAUGAAAUCCUGAGUGGCAGAAGACUGGAGCUUAUAUGAGGCGCUGGAAUAACCUCACUGUCACAGAAAGGGGUCAGUGAUUGAAAGGGGGAAGAAGGGAAGGGAUAACAAGGGGAAGGGGCAAAUGAGCAGCAAUGGAAAGGUAGAGGUGCAAGAGAGGAAGAGGCUGGUGGAAAGGGAACAUCAGGGGAUAGAGAGGGGAUUAUUCUGUGCAGGGUCUGGAGGGAAUUUAUAAGGAGGGAGAAAGACGUGAAUGAGAGAGGAGCCAAAAUGAAGCAGACAGAUGCAUGUAGGAUGUUUGUGGAGAGGAGGGGGAUGUGGAAAUAAUGUAAGAAAGGUCUCAGCUUGGUGUAUGGGGGUCGCAGUCAUUACUGGGAAGAGCCAGGAGUAUUGGGGAUGAGCCACAGGAGGUAGAAACUUUCUUACGGAGAUUAAAGGACUUGGAGAAGCUGAUUGUGGAGCAGGAGACACGUCUGUUUGUAUAACAGCCCCAUGGAAAGGAUAAAGGUGUCGUUGAACUACACGGCGCCUUGAUUCCAGAAGAAACAGCGGGGCUUGAGAUUGGGCUCAAUUCCAGCCGACAGAUAGAAAAGCAGCGAUCGCUGGCGAUCUGAUGGGACUUGUAACCCCGCAAUUAGCUUGAGAAUCUCCCGUCUGGUGGGUACAGAUGAUCAGCACUGGGGUGUCGCUAAUAAAUCCACGUGUACCCUUGUGAUAAAGCUGGGAGAUCGGCCGAUGCUGUGACAUGGAUGAGAGCUCGCACGAUCGCUGUACAGUGUGUGGGACAGACAGGCGGAUCUAUAGCUGAGCAGUGACGGGAGCUGUUCUUUCAGCACCACUGAGUGCAACUUUGAGAAGGCUCGGCGGAGACUAUGAGCUGUUCCUUCAGCACCACAGCCGUGGAGAAGCCAAACGUUCUAGAUCAGGACCAAGACUUUACAUUCCAGCGCUCCAGCUGCCCGGGGUUUAACUGAUUAAAACAUCGGAUAUGUCUGGGCUGCCCUGGGAGCUUUAGGUUGGACACUAUUAACCCAAGGUCACAUCCCAAAGGGGCCUUAUCGCUUCCAAAUAUAAUUACUCACAAUUUGCCCCCAAGUGCCCGUGUUAUAGUCUUUGUCUCUUGAUUCCUUUACAUCACAGACUAUAAGGGACUCUUUAACCCCCCGCAGAAGCCUCAUCUCCCACAGGGGCAACACAACCCACCAAAUGUUCCUCUGUAGCUCUAGGCUCCACUACAAUGCUCCAGUAUGAGGAUGUGUGAGAGAGGAGUUCAGAUGUUAAUCACCACUGUGGGGGCCUUUGCAGCUUUCAGUCUGAUGACCAUUGCAGUGGGCACCGACUAUUGGCUUUAUUCCAGGGGGGUCUGCAAGGCUAAGUCCACCAAUGACAAUGAGACCAGCAAGAAGAAUGAAGAAGUCAUGACCCACUCAGGUCUAUGGAGAACCUGUUGCCUUGAAGGAGCCUUCCGUGGGAUGUGCAAGAAAAUUGAUCAUUUCCCGGAGGACGCAGAUUAUGAACAGGACACGGCGGAAUAUUUACUGCGUGCUGUCCGGGCUUCCAGUAUCUUCCCUAUCCUCAGUGUGGGCCUCCUGUUCUUUGGUGGUCUCUGUGUUGCUGCCAGCGAGUUCUAUAAAAAAAAGCACAAUGUUAUUCUCAGUGCUGGGAUCUUCUUCGUUUCAGCAGGCUUGAGCAACAUCAUUGGAAUCAUUGUCUACAUCUCAGCCAAUGCAGGAGACCCCGGGCAGAGCGAUUCCAAGAAAAGCAACUACUCCUAUGGCUGGUCCUUUUAUUUUGGUGCCCUGUCGUUCAUCAUUGCCGAGAUGGUCGGGGUGUUGGCUGUGCACAUGUUUAUAGAGAAGCACAGGCAAAUCAGAGCCAAAUCUCACUCUGACCUGUUUAAGAAAUCUUCCUUUUCCCGCAUCCCCAGUUACAGAUAUCGAUUCCGCAGGCGUUCCAGCUCCCGAUCCACCGAGCCUAGAUCCAGGGACCCAUCCCCUGUAGGCAAAAGUUUCAACCCCAUUCCCACUAGUGACAUUUCCCUUUACACACUAACGUCACGUGACCCCACUAAGGUGACUGUGGGCUCUCUGUUAAAUUCAGAUAGAGAACACACUUUCCUACAGGUCCACAACUCACUUUCCAAGGAUUACAAAGAUUCUCUCCAUAAUAAUCCUUCCAACAGGCGCACCACUCCUGUCUGAAUGUGCUUCUCACUGGAGAAUGAGCCAUAGAAGAGCCAGGAAGGAUAAAGUAAGAGUGUCUACCCAUGUCCAUCACACGUAUGGUCUUCUCCACUCAACCUCUUGAGAAGUGGAGGACAAUGCCAAAUGUCCACAAGAAACAUUCUUAUAUGAACUUCUGUGAAUUUGUAUUAGAUCAAUAGGCAUUAAGGUAGCAAAACUUAUUAACUUCAGUAGAUGCCGGUGUCAUGCUAUGGAGCUAUGGAAACGUCAUGAUGUUCUUUUGGUCUACAUGAAUUUUUACCUGGGUCCUCCGUAGACAUGAUCUUCCUACAAUAUAAAGGAUGCAAGUAGGACAAUGGGUAUAUGUUUAUAAUGGAUUGUUAGUUAACUUUAUUUAUCCAAUUCAUCUAAACCUGUCCCUAAAUAUUAUCUAAUGAUUCUGUAGAUACCUUCAGGGGCACCUCUAGGCUUUUUGCCACCACCUUCAACCCCAGUGUAUACUUCUUUUUCUGUAGGACGAGAGGCGGGAUUUCUAGUGUAGAGAUUCCGAAAAGAGCCGAAUUUCUGCUGUUAAAGAUAAAAAUUGCUAAAGUGACCCCACGGGUGAUAUUCUUACCCAGCCUUGUGGUCAACUCGACUGAAUUUAGAAUUUUAGUACAAUGAUUCCAUUCUAUAGGAUGAGCCCACCUUUAUUCUGUGAUGCUGCAAAGGAAUAAUAGGAAUGAAUAGUAGAGUUGUUGAAAUGAUAAAAAUUUUAUUUUCCUAGUAUAGUAACAAUUUCACAAUGAUUUGCAAUUAGAUUUGCAGAUUAGAUGUCUAAAUGAAUGCAAUUUUAAGGGGGAAAGGCAGAAAUAUAAUGUCUCCUUCGGGGCCUGUAACACAAACCUCUGUUAGAAAAAAAAGCCCCAAAAUCGCAUGGAACUGUUAUUGCUAAUGAUCUCUUUUUUGUGUUCUUUAUAAAAAAAAAAAACAAAAACAAAUGGCAAGACAAAGAGAGUGUGCAGAGAAUUUUAAUGCAAGGUGAUCUCCCCACGCAGAUUUGGAGAGAAAUCUAAAGUGCUGUUUUGACAGGUGUGUGGGAGGUGACAGGUACAGCGUAACCAUGAAAACUGCCUCGGCCAAUCCGCUGGCUCCGUGAAAGUGAUUUGUGCAUGCGUUACCUGUUUGUGUGAAUUAAGGCUGUUUCUUCAUGUGCGCAUUAAUUGGAGGAGGUAACGGUUUGGAUCCUUGUGGGGAAAAACAGCAAAGUUUUUCAGUUGCAUUGGUAAAGAGAGGAGAAUCUGCCUGACGCCUAUAUCUAAUGUUUAUAGACUCUGACGUAGGCUGAGGUACAAAUAUCUUUGAGAGGGCCCCAGUGGACUAAGAUAUCUUGUCUAUUAUAGUUUAUGCAAGGUCCCGCAGUUUGCACCCUAAAGUGCAACUCCUAGAAUUAGAGUUACCACCUAGCUGGUAUUUUACUGACCUAACCAGUAAAUCACCAGCUAGGGCUGGGGCCAGUAUUACAAAUUUACCACCAUUGAACUUGAAAGCGUCCUUUCUAAUCAUCCCCAGCUGUUAAUCAACCCCCCCUGGCUGUCCCUCCAUCCCAACUCCAACCACAUAGAGCCUAGCCAACCCCCAGUGGCGUAACUAGAUGCUACUGGGCCCCUUAGCAAAUUAACUUUAGGGCCCCCAACAUAUCCAGAGGUUGUCCUGUUUUACCAAUAUAUGUUAAAAUUGCUCCUUAUUUGGGCCUCAUGGGACCCCCUAUACAGGUACCUCCUCGGUCCCCCUGCAGCCGCUGUGUCUGCUGCCUCUGUAAUUACACCCCAUGCCCACCCCCCAUCUGCCUGUUCCUCCCCUCUGCCCAUUCACUGCCCAGUGACAUCACCGCCCCACCUUGUGACAUCACUGGCCCAAACUUAAGGCCAGAACCUUACCCAGAAUGCAGAGCAAAGAGCUGCUGGCUCUGGAGAGAUGGGAAAAGCUGGUCUACAGCUUCCACCCUGUACCAUGUCCCAUGAUUUGCAUACAACGGAGUAGCUCUUUCUACUAGGAGAAUAAAUUGCAAGUAGUUAACCCUACUAAUGUGUUAUGACUCCAUUGCAAUAAAUAAAAAAUAGGCCUAAACAUGGAACUUUUCUAUAGCAUGGACACUUUCAGGGAAGGCUCUGACUUGAGAUGGUCACUUAUUCUCCCAUCGUUGCUUCUCCUGCCCAAAUAAGACAUUGACAUUCCUUGUCGCACACUGAACACCAUUCUUCCUAUUCCUCAGGACUGUCCAACUAUUGAAAGGGCAAGUAAUGCAAAAA